UCCUCGUCUCUCUCCGUAAUAAGGUCAGAGCUGAUAGCGGGACGUCCAUGUGAGCGGGGGUCAGCUGUCGCCUCCUCUGCCUGGAUCUGAGACUUUACAAUACAGUCUGCUCCACCUGCAACUUUCUCAAGGAAAUUACAAUAAUUUAUCAGUUUUCACAAUGAACGUUUUACCCUGUGCCCGCUGUGGAUACGGCGUCUACCCGGCCGAGAAGAUCAACUGUAUAGACCAGAUCUGGCACAAGGCUUGUUUUCAUUGUGAAGUCUGCAAAAUGAUCCUGACCGUCAACAACUUUGUCAGUUUCCAGAAGAAGCCGUUCUGCCAGGCGCACAAUCCUAAGAUUAACACCUUCACCAGUGUGUAUGACACGCCGGCCAAUAUCCAUGUGAAGAGACAGUCUGAUACAUUCAGUGAGAUUAAGUAUCGGGAGGACGGAGAACGAUUCAAGUCUGUUUUUCACUGGGACAUGAAAGACAUCGAUCGUGAUGAGAACUACAAGGCGCAGCAUGUGAAGCAGCAGAAUGCAUUUGAAGAGGGUAAAUCCUGGCUGUCUAAUGUAGACCCGGAGAUGGUUCGCAUCAAGCAGGUGCAGAGGAUGGCAAAUAACGAAGAGUAUACAGAGGAACAUGAGCAGCAGAGCAGGAAAGGAAGCUUCCCGGCCAUGAUCACCCCGACAUAUCAGACAGCGAGGAAAGCCGCUCAGCUGGCCAGUAAUGUGGAAUACAAGCGCGGGCAUGAUGAGCGGCUGUCCCAGUACACGAGUCUGGCGGACACAAAGGAUAUCCUACAUGCCAAGUCUGGGGGGCAGCAGCGCAGUGAUAUACAAUACACAGAAGACUAUGCGGAGCAGAGGGGGAAGGGCAGCUUCCCGGCACUGAUUACUCCAGGCUACCAGAUAGCCAAGAAGGCUAAUGAGCUGGCCAGUGAUGUAAAAUAUCACCAGCGUUAUCAGAGGGAGAUGAAGGGGAAAGCAGAUGUUACCUCCACCAGACAGAGUACGGACCAGCUGGACCAGGAAUAUGAUGAGGAUCUGGAGGAGUACAGAGGGAAGGGCAGCUUCCCAGCAAUGAUCACCCCUGCAUAUCUCAGCGCCAAGAAGGCUAACGAUAUCGCCAGUGACCUUAAAUACAAAGAAAAAUACCAGACUCAGGUGAAGGGACAUUACGAUGGCGUCGGUAUGGAUCGCCGCACCUUACACGCCAUCAAGGCCGGGAACCUCGCCAGCAAUCUCUCCUACAAAUCAGACAAGGCUGACGGCGAAUACUGUUACCCAGCAACCCUCGCUCCAUCUUACCAGACCACAAAGAAGCUGCUCCCCCUGAAGGAUGUAAAUUACCGGCAGAACAUUGACCGGGUGAAGUUCAGCUCUGUCACCGAUACCCCGCAGAUUGUGCAAGCGAGGGUUAAUGCUCAGCAGCUGAGUGAUCUGAAUUACAGAGCGGAGUACGAGAAAUCCAAGACCCACUACACCCUGCCCCAGGACGUCCCGGAAUUAGUGAAGGCGAAGGCGAACGCUGAGCUCUACAGCGAGAACAGAUACAAGGAGCAAUGGAAGAAGAGCAAAGGGCAGAACUUCGAGAUGAGCCUGGACAACCUGGCCAUGAUGACCGCCAAAGCCUCAGGGGACCUGGCAAGUGACAUCAAAUACAGAGAAGAAUAUGAGAAAUAUAAAGGAAAGGCGGCAGCGACCAGUGACUUGCGACUCCUCCAUUCUAUGCAAGUUGGGAAGCUGAGCAGCGAGAUCAACUACAAGAAAGGAUUCGAGGAGUCGAAGACGCGCUUCCAUUUGCCGAUGGACAUGGUGAACCUGACUCACGCCAAGCAGGCGCAGGCGCUGGCGAGCGACCUGGACUACCGCACCAAGCUCCACGAGUACACGCUGCUGCCCGAGGACAUGAAGGUCACAUGGGCCAAGAAAGCCUACGGCCUGCAGAGCGAGCAUCAGUACAAGUCGGACCUGACGUGGAUGAAGGGGGUCGGGUGGAUGACAGAGGGAAGCCUGAACGCGAAGCAAGCGAAGAAAGCCGGAGAUCUGUUUAGCGAGAAAAAGUAUCGUCAGAAGGCAGACACUCUGAAGUUCACCAGCGUCGCUGACAACCCGCAGAUCAGACAUGCUAAGAAGAGUCAGGAACUGCAGAGCGAUCUUGUGUAUAAAUCUGGCAUGGAGGAUCUCCUGCACCACUACACCAUGCACCAUGAUGAGCCCACCUUCCAGCAAGCCAGGAUCAACGCUACCAACCUCAGCGAGACUUUAUAUAAGAGCAGCUGGAAAAAGCAGAAGGAGAAGGGAUUUGAGCUGACUUUGGAUUCGUUGCCCAUCUUGACCGCCAAAGCCAAACGGGACCUCGCCAGUGACGUGAGUUCUCGAUCCAUCCGCCUCAUAGACAGUUCCUGA